AGGCCGACCAAUGAGGAGGGGCGACGGUUACGGGAUCGAGCGGUACGCCGGCAUCGAAGUCACUCGAGAGUAUGGCGCAACAGGUUUCGACGGUGGAUCCUCCGAAGAGCAAGGAGGCCGCUCUUCUGGCCCUCAUGGACAGGACCGGGUAUAAUAUAGUUCAAGAGAACGGACAGCGGAAAUUCGGGCCUCCUCCCGACUGGAACGGGCGCCCCCCACCCAAGGGCAGCGAAGUGUUCGUGGGCAAAAUCCCUCGCGACCUGUACGAAGACGAGUUGGUGCCCGUCUUCGAAAAGAUGGGGCGCAUAUACGAAAUUCGUCUGAUGAUGGAUUUCAGCGGAAGCAACCGGGGCUACGGUUUCGUCAUGUACACCGGGCCGGCCGAGGCCAAGAGGGCCGUCAGGGAACUGGACAAUUUCGAGAUUCGCAAGGGUCGCUUCAUCGGGGUGUGCAAGUCGGUAGACAACUGCCGACUGUUCGUGGGCGGAAUCCCCAAAAACAAGACCAAGGAGGAGAUUCUGACGGAGAUGAGGAAGGUGACCGAGGGGGUGGUCGACGUCAUCCUGUACAGCAGCGUGACCGACAAGUCCAAGAACCGCGGAUUCGCCUUCGUGGAGUACGAGAACCACCGAGCCGCCGCCAUGGCCAGGAGGAAGCUCAUCCCCGGCAAGAUCCAGUUAUGGGGCCACGAGAUCGCCGUGGAUUGGGCCGAGCCCGAACCGGAGGUGGACGAGGAAACCAUGUCCAAAGUUACCGUUUUAUACGUAAGAAACUUGAUGCUCUCUUCGACCGAAGAUAAAAUUAGAGACGUAUUCUCCUGUAACAAUUCCUUAAAAGUUGAAAAAGUGAAGAAGUUGAGAGAUUUUGCUUUCGUACAUUACAAAAGCAGGGAAGACGCCGAAAAAGCAUUGAAUUCUCUUAAUGAUUUUAUUCUUGAUGGUUCGGCAAUAGAAGUAACCUGGGCAAAACCAGUUGACAGGUCUACCAAACAAAGAAGUCGCCCUACUUCGGGAACAGCUGUUAACACUUACGGACCCUAUAUCUAUAGCCAAGCAAAUUUAGACCCGUUUAAUUAUGGAGCCGCCAGUAUGGUUUAUCCACCACCCCCUCCUCCUCCUUUUCAUGUUCCACAAUCGAGUGCUACAGUAAGCGGAGGAACAGUUCGAGUUGCAAUUAGAGGUAGAGGAAGAGGUGCUGCAGGACUACGAGGUGCAAGAGGAUAUGCUGGAGGAUUUGGAAGAGGAGCAACAGGUUAUCGUAAACCUUUAGAGUCAUCAAGAACAUUCAACUAUCAUUUUAUUCUGAACUUCUUUUUAAAAGAUGCCAUUAAUAUGUGCUGCCACUUGCAAAUGUACCAAGAUAACUGAUGCAACCCACAACAUCUACUGUAGUGGAACGUCCCUAGUCUUCUCUUUGGAGUUUGGAUUUCAUAAGUGGCAAUAAAUUUGCACAUUAAACAAGAAUUAUGGGUGGGAUUCUACUCUGAAGUGAUAAUCAAAAUUUAAUUAAAUCACCCAAAUUUAAUGAUCAUUAAAAUUUUUAACAGAUGAUGACUUAUAUGUACACUCAUAUUUAGUUUAUAUUUUUUAUUAACUAAAUUAC